AUGAGCAUCGCCUUAAUAAUUUUCAUUGAUUUGACAAGGUUCCCUCUCCAUAAGGUGAGUGAUGAUAGAGCAUGGGAAAUAGCACAUCGAAUUUGCACAGAGACUGAAUUCCGCUGUUAUUCGCUGAAGAUAUUCUCAUGCUUUAGGGAAUAUUUCGAGGACAGAAUCGGACCGGUUUCGUUCGAUUUUGUAAAAACUAGUGCUGACCAACAGCGCCUGUUCGUCGCUGUCCGUUUCGAAACAAGGGAUGAUGCAAAGGAAGCCAUGGCCAAGUACAGCGACAGUGAACUAUUGGGUCAUCGAUGUGAACUAACCUGGUUCAAGGACAUUCGCCGAUAUGCGCAGUACCAAAGCAUGAAUCAAAACAGACGAACACGGCCUGUUUAUCGCAAUAGAUCGCAUCACCAGUCUUCGAGAGGACGAGAUUCUCACAAAAGGAGACACUCAGAACGUGAUGAUGAUAGAAGCAGAUCACGGUCAAAGGACAGGGGUCGCUCAUCUAGUGACAGCCGAUCUCCAAGUGGCAGGUCGGUAAAAUCAUCGCGCAGUCGUUCUCGCAGUAGUGAUCGUGGUGCGAAUGACGAACGUGAUCGCCGCUCUCCGUCUAACGACACCGGCUCUGAUCGUGAAAAGGAGAAGGACAGCGAUGGCGAUCCUGAGAAAAAACGUUCCAAAAAGAGUUCAAAGCAUAGAAAGUCAAAGAAAAAGCGGAGUAGGACCGGAUCUCAGAGCUCUUCGGAAGGAAUUUCUUCAACACCAGAACGAGCAAUAUUUGGAAAACAUGCUCCUGCUGGAUCUCCAGUGUCACCGAAUCAAGAGGAAUCAGCUGCACAACAGGCAGCAACACAAGAGAACACUGAAGCAGAACCUCCCUUUCCUCCACCAAUGGUUCCUGUUGCGAGUGGUCCAGUGCGCUUCCCUAUUCGCAUACACACUCCUGCUAACGUCAUCAACAAUACCAGUUUCACAUUUGGUAUUGAAUCGGUGAGCGCUUGCAUUUUAUCUUCAAUUCACAAUAGACCUCAUACUGGUGAUUCGUUUGAUAACGUGCUUCUCCUUGUUUCGCUAUAG